GAGAGGAGGAAGAAAAGGAGGAGGAGGAGGAGGAGGUGGAGCAGGAGGAGGAGGAGGAGGGGGAGCGAAAAAAUGGUGGAGGUAAGGGACGUGGUGAAGGCAGCAGAUGCAAAGAAAACGACAGAAAAGAAGUGGGUGAAGGAAGUGACCGAGAGGACGAAGAGGAGGAAGAUGAUGAAAUUCUGCAAGAGCCCGGCGAGGAAGAGCCCCGAAGUCAACCAUCUCAGAGGAGACACGUCGGAGAGCUAUCUUCGCCGGAGACACGCAAGCACCAGAGGCGCGACAGAUGGGAGCCGGUUGCAGCGAAUUCUGAGCGAAGUCAUUUCUGUACUCACCGGGAUCCACGGACAAAAGAU